AUGAAGGUCGAGAUUUGCUCGUUCUCGAACAGGAAGAUCUACCCGGGCAAGGGUAAGCUCUACGUCCGCGGUGACAGCAAGGUCUUCCGCUUCCUCGGCUCGAAGCCGGAGUCGCUGUUCCACCAGCGCAAGAACCCGCGUAAGAUCGCUUGGACGGUGCUGUACCGCCGCAUGCACAAGAAGGGUAUCUCGGAGGAGGCCGCCAAGAAGCGCACUCGCCGCACGGUCAAGCACCAGCGUGGCGUUGUGGGUGCGUCGCUUGACUUGAUCAACGCCCGCCGCAACCAGAAGCCGGAGGUCCGUGAGGCUGCUCGCAAGGAGCACCUCACCAAGUCGAAGGAGACCAAGAAGGCUCGCGCUGCUGAGCGCAAGGCCAACCGCGCUGCCGCUGGUGCCAACGCUCAGAUGUCGCGUCAGCAGGCCAAGGGCGCCGUUCGCGGUGGUCCGAAGGCUUAA